GUGGGCGACUAAAAUUUGGCUGUGUGUCUCUCUCUCUCUUUCUCUCUCUCACUCUCUCUUUGCUCCACAUCUCUUACCCUCCCUUUCUCUUUCUCUCUAGAGUCCUCGGGCCACACAUAACUCUACCUGAAGUCAAACACGGAGAGGGGAGCAGAAAGGUUUAAUUUGACUCCGUUGCCAUGUUUGCUCUUAGCUGUUACCUAUUUGUUGGACUGGUAUGUCAAAGUUUGGGCCAGUACUACGACUACGAGGAGUACUAUCCCCCUUCGGGACCUGAGGUACUAUCCACUGCAAGUUGUGCCCAAGAAUGUGACUGCCCAAUUAACUUUCCCACAGCCAUGUACUGCAACGACCGCAACCUGAAGUUCAUCCCCAUCGUGCCAAGUGGAAUCAGUUACCUCUACCUGCAGAACAACAAUAUCGAGGAGAUCAAAGCCGGCGUGUUUGAUAAUGCCACCGACCUUCGCUGGCUUGUUCUCGAUCACAACCACAUCACCAGCGACAAAAUCCAGGCGGGUACCAUCGACAAACUGACCAAACUCGAGAAGCUCUUGUUCAGUCACAACAAUCUGACCAAACCCCCCAGCCCUCUGUCCAAGUCUUUGGAUGAGUUGAGGAUGACAGACAACCAGCUCACCUCAUUUCCGUCCGGCACUUUGUCUGGUAUGGAGAACCUGACCACCAUUCACCUAUCCAAGAACAAACUGACCACAGAGAGCAUCACGGGUGCCUUCAAAGGUCUGAAAUCUCUGGUCCUGUUGGACGUCAGUGAGAACAAGCUGAAGAAACUUCCGGCAGGAGUCCCACCUUCGCUGUUGAUGCUCUACGCUGAUAAUAAUGAAAUCGACAGCAUCCCUAAUGGCUACCUGGCUAAGCUACCAGCCCUGCAGUAUCUGAGGGUUUCCCACAACAAAUUGGUGGACUCUGGAAUCCCCGCCGGCGUGUUUAACGUGUCCUCUCUCCUCGAGCUGGAUUUGUCGUUCAACAAGCUUAAGACCAUCCCGGAAAUCAACGAAGCCCUCGAGCACCUGUACCUGCAGGUCAACGAGAUAGAAAAAUUCGAGCUACUGAACAUCUGCAAGUUCAGCUCCCCCGUCAACUACUCCAGACUGAAAACCCUGCGUUUGGAUGGAAACAACGUCACGCACCACAUGAUGCCAGACGACACCUCCAACUGCCUACGCAUGGCCUCGGAGAUCAUUUUUGAAUCUCCAUCUUUCAAACAUUUGCCCACCCCCUUAUUCAAGCUUGGCCGAUGUCAAAGGUUUGGCCUUAGGGAUUGUACAUUACUUUCAAUAGAAAUAAUAAUAUUUGAUGCAUGUCUGGGCCAGACUGAAGACAGAAAACCGACAAACUGGCGAGGAGAACAAGCAGACCAAGAGACUGAAUACAAGCCAAAACCAGAAGCAGACCGUCUACCUCCACCUGCACCGGCCAUUAUCAACUUUAUGAUUGAGAUAAGCAGGAUAAACCCAAUCAUGAAGUGGCCGAUUGUUGCAAGUCUGGCCCUACUUCUAGUCGGCCAAGUUAGCGCUCAGGAAAUGCCCUACGAGGACCUGUUGGCCCAGCUCCAAGCAUGUCCAAAAGAGUGCCGCUGCUCCCCAAACGUCCCUAACGCUGUUUACUGUGACAACAAGAGUCUGAAAUACAUCCCCAUCAUCCCUCCCUACACCUGGUAUCUGUAUCUCCAGAACAACCUGAUCGAAGGACUCUCAUCCGAGGCUCUGAGCAACGCCACACAGCUGAGGUGGAUCAACCUCAGUCGCAACAAAAUCACAACCGUGGAGCCUGACGCUCUCAAGAAUUUACCCAACCUUGUACACCUCUACAUGGAGGACAAUCUGUUGAGUACCAUUCCAUCUCCUCUGCCCGGCAGCCUGGAACAGCUACGUCUUUCCCGGAACAAAAUCUCAAAGAUCCCACCCGGAGUCUUCUCGGGGAUGGACCAUCUCACCUUGCUGGAUCUGCAAAGCAACAAGCUGCAGGAUGACACGGUGACUGAGGUCAACCUGAAAGGUCUUAGCAACCUAAUCCAGAUUAAUUUAGCGAAGAAUCAGUUGAACAGCAUGCCCCUCGGCCUACCACCAACAACCAGCCAGAUCUUCCUGGAUAGCAAUAACAUUGAAAAGAUUCCUGCUGAGUACUUCAAGGGUCUUCCAAAGGUGUCAUCUCUCAGGCUUAAUCGUAAUAAGCUGGCUAAUGUGGGCAUCCCAAAAAAUGUCUUUAACCUUUCUAGCAUAUUGGAUCUACAGCUCUCUUACAACCAGCUCACUGAGAUGCCUGUCAUCUCCCCUGGCUUGGAGCACCUGCAUCUGGAUCACAACAGGAUCAAAAGUGUAAAUGGCUCUGACGUUUGUCCACCUGGUGCACUUGAAGACUACUACAAUGACAACGCCCCCCGUCUGCGCUACCUUCGCCUUGAUGGGAACGAAAUCAAGCCUCCCAUUCCACGAGAUCUGAUGAUGUGUUUCCGUCUCCUCAGGGCGGUUGUCAUAUAAAGGCGUGACACAGGACACCUGUGAGACACUUCUGUCCAUAACAUCUACCAGAACUUAAUGGGAAAAGAAAUAAUGGUGUUACAAAAAAUGGUCUUAAGAAAUUAAAUUCUGUUAGUUACCUGCUAAAGACACUAAUUUAAUGUAUUUUCAGCCGGGACCGUUUAUGGUAGUAAAUGCUAUUUCGGUGGUGGGCUAGCUAGCGGACUAGCAUAGACACCUGUUUUGGUAUACCUUCUUUUGGUAUGUCUUUUUAGCAGGCCCUGCUGAAAAAACAGGAUAGACCAGCA